AUGGGUCGUAAAGAAGCCGAAUUUGACUGGAAGAAGACCACUGACAACAUUCAGGAGGUGUUUGACUUCAUGGAGGUUCUUGGAUCGGGGGCGUUCUCCGAGGUGUUCAUGGUGAAGGAGAGGAAGACAGGCAAGCUGUUUGCCAUGAAGUGUGUGAAGAAGAAGCAGAAGAGUAUUCAGAAUCUGGAGAAUGAGAUUGCCGUGUUGAGAAAGAUCAAACACGAUAACGUUGUUGGGUUGGAGGAUUUCUAUGAAAGUCGCUCUCAUUACUACCUUGUCAUGCAACUCGUUGCUGGGGGUGAGCUGUUUGACCGUAUCCUGGACCGGGGGAUGUACUCAGAGAAGGAUGCCAGCAGGGUCAUCCAACAGGUGCUCCAGGCUGUACAAUACCUCCAUCAGAAUGGCAUCGUACACCGUGACCUCAAGCCGGAGAACCUGCUGUAUUACAGCCAGGAUGAGAGCUCCAAGAUCAUGAUCAGUGACUUUGGCCUGUCCAAGAUGGAGGACAACGGUGUCAUGUCCACAGCCUGCGGCACUCCAGGAUAUGUGGCCCCUGAAGUCUUGGCCCAGAAACCCUACAGCAAGGCAGUGGACUGCUGGUCUAUUGGAGUCAUCACCUAUAUCCUUCUCUGUGGAUAUCCCCCAUUCUAUGAGGACACUGAGACGCGACUGUUCUCUAAGAUCAUGAAGGCACAGUACGAGUUUGACUCUCCCUUCUGGGAUGACAUCUCUGAAUCAGCCAAAGAUUUUAUCCGCAACAUGAUGCAGAAGAACCCGAAGAUGCGCUUCACUACAGAGCAGGCUCUCAGGCAUCCCUGGAUCAUUGGAAAUACAGCACGGAGCCAGGAUAUUUACCACUCUGUCAGUGUACAGAUCCAGAAGAACUUUGCCAAGACCAAGUGGAAGCAAGCCUUUAACGCCACCGUGGCCAUCAAUCACAUGAAGAAGCUGCAGCUGGCCCACUCUGAGCUGGUGGUCAAGGCGCAGACCCUCAACAUGCCCACCAUCCAGGUUAUCGACGUUUCCUCCCCCGCCAAUUCCCACAACCCCCUGGAUCCCGAUAGGCUGGAACCCAAAGGGAACCAAAUUACCCUACCAAUCAGCUCCAGAGACACGAAGAGCCACCAGCCCUUAAAGAUCAGCCAAAGCGAGCCGGCACACGCCCAUACCCUCGCAGAGACGGGCAAAUACGCCUACCACUCUGAGCCUGCGAACCUUAAUACGUACAGGGCAACGGCCAACCGCAAUGGCCAAGUUCUCCAGACUGGAGUGUGCUCUGUCAUGUGA